AUGUCGAGACCCCUAUUGCCUAGAGGGCAUCGCGAGCGCCUUUGGUCACCGAUGGCCGACCUGCUCAGCGAGGAAGGGUACCGGACCCUUCGACCCGGCACGUCAAAAUUCGCCUUGCUGCCCGAACAAGUCCAGGAGUGGCCAGAUUUUGCGAAAGAGAUCAAAGCCCUUCUCGCGCCCUACUGCGGCAAGGCCGCCUCGUCCAAUACCCUGCACCCGGUCGGCGAAGUGGCCGAUCUGCUUAAGCUUGGGGUUUGCUUUGGGGACGCCCAGUCCGGUGUCAACCGGCUCCUCCUGGAAGUCAAGAAGCAGGAGAAACGCGAAGUCAAAGCAGAUCUGAAGCGGAAGAUAGGAGACCAGCAGGCCGGGGGAAAGCUCGUUCCCGACGUGGUGAUUGCAGACACCAAGACCCAUCCCAUCCGGGGCGUGGGUGAGGUCAGGACACUGUGGAAAUUCGAGCCCGGGAAGAAGCAAAGCUGGGAACAGUUUAUAGCCGAGAAACUCGGCCAACCCGCCAGGUACAUGGACGACCACUGUGUGCGGUAUGGAUUCCUCACCAUCUACGACAGGACAUGGUUUGUGAAGCGGGUCAAUGACAACGAGUUCGCCAUCUCGCCCCCCAUUCACUCGAAGGCUCGCUCCUCAGCCACCGAAGUCUCCAAGAGGGAAUGCUUUUUGGCAUUCGCUCUUAGGGCAUCCGAUGCCGCUGGAAGCAAGUACAGUCGGAGAUCCGGUCUUAUUCUGACGCGCCGCGGCCGCCGGCAGCGGGCCUUACCCGAGACGGGCCGCAAGGCCAUCCAGCGGGGACUCUGA